AUGGCAUCAGGUUAUGGCUGGGGAGGAGGACGCUCCCGAUGCUUUGCGUAUUGGCAGGAAUUCCAGAAGUGUUACGCCAACGCAGAUUUUCCCACUGACUGUCGUCCUCAAGGUGAUGAUUAUCUAGAAUGUUUACACCAUACCAAGGAGGCUGCACGCGCAAAGGCUAUUCAAGACGAAUUUAUCCGUCAAGCUGAAGCAAAGGCGAAGGAAGGCCAAAAGACUGCGGAUAUUCUGUCGGACGGCGUAAUAGUAGGAGUAGGCUUGAUCCAACGAGGACAAGACCAGUCAAAAUGA